AUGAAACAACUUGAAGAAACCAUUGAACAAUUAGAAAAAAAACAUAAAAUCGAAAUCAAAAAUCUUGAAAACAAACUCAAAGAAAAAGAUGCUAAAAUUUUAGAAUUACAAAAUGAAAAUACAAGACUACGAACAAU